GUGAUCACGGAAGCUUGCGUGUCGGAGCCACUCGGAAACCGAGACCGAAGAGCAGCAACUCAGGGAAACAAAGGAUGGACGACCAAGGCAAGGUGGGGGAUGACUUUGUGUGCCCUGAGGGACUGCGGGGACCUCUGAGCUCCCAGCAGGACACAGUGGAGAGAAUAUUCCAGGUGUCGUUCACCAUCGGAACUGGUGACGUCCCGCUCGGCACCAACGGCCAGAUGUGGCUGCGACUGCGGGGGUCAGACUGUGACGUGAAAGCGGCAAAGAUGUUUGUGAAAGGACUUGUGAACCAGGAGGGGCGGCAGGAGAUAUCCUAUCCCGCCGCUCUCAACUGCAUCUUCUGCGGUGCCAAAGGUUUCUUCAUGGACUGCAUGAUCAAGAGCACUUCAGCAGACAUCGUGGUGAGCUCUCCGGGCUCGCUGCUCAUCUCUGGUCUCAUUGAGCCAGUGGUGCGAGCCUAUUCCCUCAUUACUGACCUUUUGGAUCGAUAUAAGGGGGGGCAGGCUGGCUCCUCGGACGCUGAAGAACGAGGUUCGGGUGAGUUGCGGGCCUUCAAAGCGCUGGUGGAAAAACGGGAGGACCGCCACAUCCUGGAUCUCCUCGUACUUCCGAGAUCUGUGAAGGAAGCCCUGCUGGAUUUGGUGAAAGAGUCAGGACAAGGAGAAGUAGGCUUCCAUGAGCGUAGCCUACCUGGGAUGACUUUGGAGGAAGAGCAAAAAGAGGUUCUCCAAGAUGCGCGAGAAGAAAAGCAGCCGGAGCAUGUGGCGGCAUCGGCCGGCCAGGACGAGGACCAAGUGCGGGAGCUGUCGGCGCCAAACAAAGAGUUUGGGCUUUUGUUGAAAUUCUUCACAACCAUGGGGUACACAGAAGAGGUGGUUAAACGGGUCCUCGGCCGAACGGGACCCAAAGAAGCCUCUCGGAUACUGGAUUUGGUUCAGCAAGAGCAGGACUACAGUUGCAGGGAACAGAGCAAGAGGAAACCACCUUGUGAGAUGGAUGACGAAACAGUGGGAGGAGCAGAUGUGCCAGGCGAGGUCCGUGGACGUCAGGCCGGCGGCGUUGGGAGCGCACAAACUAAAGAGGAUGACGACUUUGUGUUGGGAGUGCUGAAGAAAGCUGCCGUGAGCUGCGGCUACAUGGAGCACAAGGUGGCCAAGGCUUGCAGCAUGUUGCCAGAUGGCUCCACUCACCUGCUGCUCCUGGAGCUGCAGAAGGAGAAAAGCGCUGGCAUGGAAGGCUUGGAGAAGCAGAGUCAGAAAACUGGAAUGACCAAAGCUGGUGAGAAAAGUGAUCCAGAAACGCCAAGUCGAGCAGAACCUGUCGCAAAUCUGGACCUGUCGCCCAAUAAUCAAUUCCUUCAAGUCCUUCAACGUUCCAAUCAGGACAAAGAACCACCUGGACCAACGUUUCCCUCAUCUUCCACUCGCAGCCCUCGGCCAAAGCCUCAAAAACCGAGCUGCUUGAAAGGAACCCUCCCCGCUCAGCGUUCUCCCACCAGAUGUGGGGAAUGCCGCGAUGCGCCCAGCGUUCCCUCUGUGGUGGUGACGGGCAAGCAGCGCUUCAUGGAGGGUCUGCAGACGCCCUUUGAACUCCAGCUAACAGAUCAACCGGGGAACCCCCAGCUGAGGACCAUUAUCAUUGACGGGAGCAAUGUUGCCAUGAGUCACGGGCUCGGCCACUUCUUCUCGUGCCGAGGCAUCGCUUUGGCCGUUCAGCAUUUUUGGGAGCGAGGUCAUCGGCACAUCAGCGCCCUGCUGCCUCAGUGGCGUCAGAAGAGCGACCCCCGCGCCAGAGAGCAGCACUAUCUAGGAGAGCUGCAGAAGCUGGGCCUCCUGUCCUACACACCCUCAAGGGAGGUCCUGGGCACGAGGAUUAGCUCGUACGACGACAGACUAAUGCUGAAGCUGGCGCAAAAGACAGGCGGCGUGAUUGUGACCAACGACAAUCUGAGGGACCUUUUGGAGGAGUCGGACGCAUGGAGAGACAUCAUCAAAAAGAGACUGCUUCAGUACACGUUUGUCGGUGAUCAUUUCAUGGUUCCAGAUGACCCACUGGGAAGGGGGGGCCCUCAUCUGGAUGACUUCCUCCGUUCGGACCGCAGGACACCCGACCCUGCUGGUGUAGCCAAGAACUCCCCUUCGUUUAAUCCUCUGCGCUCACAAAUUCCAGUCCACAACUUUCCUGAGCAAACACCAGACGGCGCUCUGAUUGGAGCAGGUGAAGGGAGGCAGGGAGAGGAAAGUCAUCACCCCAAGUCCGGAGAACAGCAAGGCCCCGAGGCCAUUUUAGUAAGCAGAACGGUGGAGGCCACAGCGGAAUUGAGAGAGCGUCUUUGUCAGGUGUUUCCUGGUCAGGACAACAUGGUGAUGCUGGCUCUGCAGAGUAACCCGACCGAGAACGACCUCAAUGUGCUCUCAGCCCUUCUUUUGGAGCAAUAGAACUUUUGCAGUUUAGUCAAGUUCACACAACUGAAAUGUCUUUUUUUUAAUCUGCCGCUCCCCAUGGUGCCCGCAAAAUUAUCUGUCAGGUAUAUCAGAGGUUUUAGACUGCUUUUGUCCAAGGGACCACCAUUGUAACCAAGAAGCAACUCGGGAACUUCUGCUUUGGCAGAAACAGUGAUCCCUCGCUACUUUGCGUUUCGUUUAUCGCGGCUUCGCUACAUCGCGGAUUUUAUUUUCCAAAUUAAAAAAAAGCAUUUGAAAGUCAAAGUAAAACUUCUA